UUUGAAUGUAAAAAGCAACUGCGUUUCCGAGAAGGACAGUACCUGGAGACCUUGCUCCCUGCGCUCCACUUAGAGCUGUGGUGUUUUCUAAUUUUUAGGACUUAAACAGCAGCUUUGCUUGUUGCACGGAAAUUUUCAGUGAUCCCUGCGAGCGUUGCUUUUAAGCUGUGUUAAAUUUGUGGCAGGAGGGUCAGGCAUUUCAUACUUGGCUUCCAAAAGAGAAAAAAAAAAAAAAAGAAAGAGACAGAGAAAAAAAGCCCUGAUGUGUGCACCGAAGAAAUCUCCCAGGAAUUUCUUCAAGGUUGUAGUCAGACACAGUAAGGUCUAAAGUGACAAGAAAAGCAAGGCAAAGAUAAAACUUGGAAUUGUGAUAAGAUGUCUGAGUGUAAAGUGGGAGAUUGCAGAAACCUUUUGGGAUUGCACAUGUUCAUCCUGUCCUGGAUAUGACUGAAUACAAGCGAGUUUUUCUCUAGUGACAGCUCAAAAAAAUCCUCAAGAUUAUGUUUCCCUUCCUUGUUGCUUUUUUGCCAGUGGUUUUUAAAAUUGGUUUUGUCAACCUCUCAGCUCUGCAGCACUGGAACUGUCCUAAUGGAUACAGAUUAAAGCCUGAAAACUCUGCUUGUAUAGAUAUUGAUGAGUGCCUUGAAGGUGGUUUGGGAACCUGCGGCCAAACCUGUAUCAAUAUUCCAGGAUCCUACAUCUGCACCUGUUUGCCUGGCUACUCUUUGGAUAUUGACAAACGGUCUUGCUAUGUGAAUGACCCUGCACCAUUCCUACUUUUUAGCCAUGGAAAUGCCAUCUUUAGAAUUGACACUGAAGGGACCAAUCACGAAAGAUUGGUUGCUGAUACUGGUCCAUCAACACUUAUGGAUUUUCAUUAUAUAGAAGAGAAAGUGUAUUGGGUAGACUCUGAAAGGAGACUACUUGAAAGAAUUCACCUGAAUGGCACAAAACGAGAGAGACUAUGCUACAUAGACAAAGGCAUUUCAGGAUUUGCUAUUGACUGGAUAAAUCAAGACAUUCUCUGGGCCAACAGACAGAAAGGAACCAUAGAAGUGACAGACAUGAAUGGGAAGAAGCGCCGAGUUCUUUUAAGAGAUGUUGGUCAUCCCACAAGGAUUAUCAUUGAUGCUGAACAAAGGCUGUUAUUUUGGUCUUCAGAUGGUACAGUUUCCAGCAUACACAGAGUGUCCCUCAGUGGAAAUGAUAGGAUAAAUGUUUUAAGAACCACAGAAAAAAUAAAGGCCAUCUCACUAGAUUUGGUUGACACAAGGCUCUACUGGAUCCAACACGACCACCGGAAAGAGAUUUCCCAUAUUGGAUCAUGCGACUAUGAGGGCGGAGCUGUUCGUUUGCUCAAAAGUUCUGUUCGACAUCAAUUGCUUGGAAUGUCUCUCUUCGCUGAGCACCUCUAUUACUCAGAGUUGAAAUCUGGCAUGAUAUGGAGAGCCAACAAAUAUACUGGAAAAGUUGUAGUCACAAUUGGCCUGAAGCCAUCAUUUUUUCCACCAGUGGAGAUAAAAAUAGUACAUCCUUUUAAACAGCCAGGUGCAAGAACUGAUUCUCAGGAUUUGGAAAGAGGAACCUGUGAUUUGAAUAAAGAAAAGUGCAGAAGAAGAAUCUGCAGGCCAGACUCAAGGACUCAUCGGUGUAAAUGCCCUAGUGGCUUUAUUUUAAGUAGAAAUAAACAGUUUUGUGAAGAUAUUAAUGAAUGUGGCUUCUGGAAUCAUGGCUGUACUUUGGGCUGUGUGAACGUCCCUGGUUCCUAUUACUGCACCUGCCCGAGAGGUUUUGUUCUGCUGCCUGACAGGAAAACAUGUCACGAGCUAAUUUCCUGUACCAGUAAUGACACUGAAUGUAGCCACGGUUGCCUUCAAACGUCUAAAGGCCCCGUUUGCUUUUGUCCGGAAGGAUCUGUACUCAAAGCGGAUGGCAAAGCAUGCACGGGUUGUACAUCUCCAGAUAAUGGUGGCUGCAGUCAGAUAUGCUCUUCUUUAAGCCCAUUCUCCCGGGAGUGUGCUUGUUUUCCUGGAUAUAAGCUUCAGCGAGACAGAAAGCACUGCACAGCUAUAGGUCCUAAGCCAUUUUUGUUAUUCGCAAAUGGCCAAGAUAUCCGCCAGAUCAGUUUUGAUGGAACAGAUUAUACAAGUUUACUUGACUGGCAGAUGGGAAUAGUCUUAGCACUGGACUCUGACCCAGUGGAAAAUAAGAUUUACUUUGCUCACACCGCCUUGAAAUGGAUAGAACGAGCUAAUCUGGAUGGCUCAAACCGUGAAAAAGUUGUUCAUGAAGCUAUAGACACACCCGAAGGCCUUGCUGUGGACUGGAUUAACCGUAAAUUGUAUUGGACAGACAGAGGGAAGGCACUCAUCGAAAGGAGCAAUCUGAAUGGAAUGCAGAGAAAAAUGAUCAUCUGGGAGGAUAUCUCCCAGCCCCGAGGGAUUGCCAUUCACCCAUUUGCUAAGAGAUUAUACUGGACUGACAUGGGGGUCAAUCCCCGGAUUGACAGCUCUUCAUUAGAAGGCAUCGAUCGUCGGGUUAUAGCCAGCACUGGUCUGGUGUGGCCCAGUGGAAUAGCUCUUGACUACUUAGCAGGCAAAGUGUACUGGUGUGAUGCUAAGCAGUCAGUGGUUGAGAGCGCAAAUCUGGAUGGUUCUGGUCGUCAAAUUCUUGCACAGAAUGAUGUAGGCCACCCUUUUGCUGUAGCAGUGUUUGAGGACCACCUUUGGUUUUCUGACUGGGCUAGGCCAUCACUAAUGAGGGUGGAUAAGAAGACCGGCCAAAACAGGGUACGUCUUCGAGGCAGCAUGCUGAGACCCUCAUCAAUGGUUGUAGUGCAACCUUUGGCGAAACCAGGUGCGAAUCCUUGCCUUUAUCAGAACGGAGGCUGUGAUCAGAUCUGUGAAAACAAUUUUGGAAUUGUGCAUUGCAAGUGCCAUCCAGGAUUUGGGAAAAGUCAAGACGGAAAAGCCUGUCAUGCUCUGGAUUCUUCCAACUCAACGGAAGGAAGUGUCUCUGUGCACAAGGAGGUAGUUCCAAUGCUACCACCAGAGAUCACGCUCCAGAACACACAGAGUAAUGGGAUUUUUAAGGAUAUGGACAGUGGGCAAAAGCAGGAAACCAUUUUUUUGAUGGCUGAAAUCAUGGUAUCAGAUCAAGAUGACUGCACUGCACUAGAAUGUUACGUCAAUGCAGAGUGCGUUUUGCUGGAAGAUGGUGCUGUGUGCCAGUGUUUGAAAGGAUUUACCAGGAAGGGGAACUCAUGCUAUGAUGUUGAUGAGUGUGCUGUAAAUAUGGACCGCUGCGAUCGAAACGUGUCGGGCUGCAUCAAUACGGAAGGGAGCUAUGUCUGUAAAUGCCUGGAGGGCUACACUGGGGAUGGAAUCCAUUGCUACGAUAUUGAUGAGUGCAAGACGGGGUCCCACACCUGUGGAGAGAACAUGACCUGCAUAAAUACAGAAGGAAACUUCACUUGCUCGUGUGCUGAUCCUGCUUCUGGAACUGGCAUCAGCUGCAAAUCUACCGUUCCCCCAACUGUUGUCAGCAAUGAAUACUCUACACACGCCGUGCAAGGUGAUAUUGUAGGAUGCCCUCCUUCGUACGAGUCAUAUUGCCUUCAUGGUGGAGUGUGCAAUUAUGUUUCUGAUCUACAAGACUAUGCCUGCAACUGUGUGACAGGCUACGUUGGGGAGCGGUGCCAGUUCAGUGACCUGGAGUGGUGGGAGCAGCAGCAUGCCGAGCGGGUGAAGAUGCGGAAUAUCACCAUCACAGUGUGUGUAGCAGUGCUGGUCCUUCUGCUCCUGCUGGGGUUCCUGGCUGCCUACUGCCACAGAAGUCAAAAUUUGUAUAAGAAGAAUCUCUAUGCAGAAGCGAUAAGAGAUGCCAACAGCCGUGCUGACAAUGAGAACGUGACACCUACUAGCAACAAGUCUCUGUUUGCGGUUGUUAAGGAGUGUAACAGUUCUCUGGAGACUAAAGGGGUUGAUCUAAUUGAGUGUGAGACAGCAGAUCCUCAUCCUGCCUGUCCUUCAGAAUCUGCGGAAGAACAGCCUAUAACAUACGACAAAGCAGCAGAGACUUUGACAGAAGAGAAGAAAGAACAAGGACAUCAGAAAGAGCUUCCUGUUGGUGAGAAAUUGUGCCAGUCCCUGGGAGCGACGAAGGGCCCUCCCCAGGUUCCCUGGAGCAUCCAUCCCAAGCCCCUGCUGGAAAGGGAGUGCUACAGUCUUGCCCCAGCCAGUCUGCUGAUGCAACCAGACUAGAAGCAGCCUGGAUGUGAGUGGGAAAAGAAGGAAGUCAGCAGAGAAUGGGAACUCACAAAACACUGAAACAACACUCAUUUUUUCAUUAAAAUUUGCUUUGGAAAAAACCCCACAAAUCAAAACAAACCAGAGAAGUCCUUGCCACUCCUUCCCUGUCAUCUUUGCUUGGAAGAGUUACUAUGAGCAACGUGUUGGCCAUGAGUACUCUAUAAAUAUCACUGCUGCUAACUUCAUUAACUGCCUGCUGAAAGGACGCUGAGGGGAAAUAGACAAGUGGGUGAUUUAUGAGUGAUAAAUAUUUUCAAAUGGAGCUUGUUGUGAGUAGUGGUCUUUACAUACACAGAGCCUAGAAACUGCCUAGAAAAUGGGUCACAAGGACAACUGCAGAGAAACAAGAAUGGAAGAUGAUGCAGAAAAAUUAGUUCAGAAUGAAUGUUUUUAUUAAAAUAUUGUUUUUAUUAAAAUAUUUUAUUAAAAUAUGUGGACACUAUAUGCCUCUCCCCAGUGCAGCUGACAGGCCAGUGUAACUUCUUGGACUUCACUGGAGAUGUUCUUGUAUCUGCUUCCGUGAGCAAGCACCAAAUGGGAUCUUGCAUUCCUCAAGUUUGGUGUGCUGAAGGAUGAUUUGUGGGCAUAUGUUAUUAAUGGUGGGUGACAUUUGAGGGAAAAGGUGAUUCUUCCAUUUUAUUUCCAUGUAUAUGGUGGUCCUUCAGAGCAUAACAGGAUUAUCUCUGGCCUGAGGAGGUGGGCCUGUGGCCGCUUUCAGCCCUGUGAAGAGGAAUGUCCUGGAGCUGUCCUGGCCUCAAAGAAGCGUGUCUGGCACCAAAACCUGGUCCAUUAUAUACGACUUUUUGCUAUCUGUUAAAUUCAAGGGAACGAUUGGAAAACUAAACCAAUUUUUCUUGUAACUGGCUUUCUAACAGCUACAGUUCCCUUCCAGUUAUUUACUAACUCUCUUAUAAAGCUCUGUUGUAUACAGAGUUGUAGCUUAAUUGUUUAACAUAAGAUUAGCUCAGUUGGUCAGAGGAUGGUGCUAAGAAUGCCAAGGUUGUGGUUUUGAUCCCGUUACGGGCCAUUCACAUAAAAGUUGGACUCUAUGAUCAUUGUAAGUCCUUUCCAACUCAGAAUAUCACAUACUGUGAUGUUGAGUGAUUUUCAGCACUUAUCUUGACUUCCUAGUGCCAUUUUCAGAACAUUUUGGAAGAUAUCAGGAAAUCAGCUAAAUUACUAAUCAUGUUUUUAUUAUUUGUAGGGGAUCUCUCAGUCCUCUGUCUUUGACGACUACUACUGUAACUAUGGGACACCUCCUUUAAACUCUACUACAGUGCCUACCACUAGUGUUACCUUGUAAUUCAUUAGCUGGAUAAUUGUGUAAAAUGUUAAUAAUUUGUGUGUUUGCUAUCCUGCUUUUCUUGGUUUUUUUGAAUCCUACCAGAAAGGUAUGGAAUGUUGUAAUUUUUCUACCAGCUCUGUAGGCCAAUAUGGGAAAGAGUAUUGAAAGGCUCUUACCCCUUAUCUAUAACAGUUACACACUUGAGUAACUUUGUGAAGUCAGUUCUGAUUUUUGUUGGUGUAAACAGUAAGAAGAUUGAGUCUAAGGUGUCAGAAUUACAAAAAUUAUAAUGCUCUGUUGUGUAGAUGGUUGUCAUUUAUCUUCUAAAGUGGUUUUUGCAGGUGGUUUUGAAUUGUUGAGUCUGUUUCCUAAUCACAUUCAUUCUGAAUUCAGAAUAAAUCUGUAAAAUAAGCAUUUCCAGUCGUUAAUUGGAACUAACAGCUAUGAAGACUCAUUCUCCUGUGUGAAUAGCAACAAGGGUACUUUCACAGAAAGAGAAGUGGUAUAGAAGUGUUGGCAUACUAAACUGUGUUCAGGAGCAGGCAACCACUUUGUUGAAUCAUUAGUAUUCGGCAGAUUUGAUUUUAAGUUCAGUAUAGUUUAAUUUAAUUAGCAUUGUUAAAAGCAUCUAGUUUGGAUUCCCUGGUCCUUCAGUUCAUUACUGAUCUUGUGUAUUUUGAUGGGAAGAGAGUCCUGCUGUAAAGGCCCCAAUUCAGAAAAGCAUUUUUUUUCCAUAAGAGCUACACAGUAAAAAGACUUUGAUCCCUGCACUUUGAGUUUCUCUGGUGAAGUAUGUUUGUGAGCUUAAAAUCCAAGUAGUGUGUUGAAUGACAGUCAACAUUUAGGUGGAAGUUCUCCCUGAUCAAAGGAAAUAAAGAUUUGUAACUUUGAACCUUGGCUAAAUAAAGAUGUUUCAGAUUCCUUAAAAAUUAGUUUACUAUUCUAUCCAGGGUUUUUGUUUACUUUGCUUUCCUUCAGUCCAAGGAUCUAAUUUUAAGUUAGAUAGUAUUCUUUAAAGAAUAAGAUAGGGAAACCUAUUUUUUGUUAAUUACAGUGUUUGGACUUUUACAGUGUUUCCUAAACUGAGCUCUAAACUUCAAAAUAAUCUUUAGUCUAAAACCUUGAAAUGAUAUUUCAACACAAAUAUAAUAUAUUUGGUUUAUU